AUGCCAGCGCUGUACAGCCCCGCCCCCUGCUCUGACCCCGCCCCCGGCACUGGUCCUGCCCCCUCCCCUGGCCACACCCCCUCCAUUGGCCACACCCCCUCGCGGCAGCGGCUGGUGCGCAGAGACGGCUCGGGGGACGUGGUGUUCCGUCACGUUCCGGCAGAAUGGCUGCUGCUGGUGACGGACAUCUUCACGACGCUGAUGGAGAUCCGCUGGAGGGUGAUGUUCCUGCUCUUCGCACUCUCCUAUAUUCUGUCCUGGACCUUCUUCGGCGUCCUCUUCUGGGUCGUGGCCAUCGCCAACGGAGACGUCCAGAACCACAACUCUGAGCCCUGCGUCUACGAGGUCAGAAGCUUCACUGCUGCUUUUCUCUUCUCUCUGGAAACACAGACCACCAUCGGAUACGGUUUCCGUGGGAUGUCGGAGAACUGCCUGUCUGCCAUCGUCUUGGUAACGGUGCAGGACGUGAUGAGCUGCUUCAUAGAUACCUUUGUGAUUGGGAUCGUCGUGGCCAAGAUGGCGUCCGCUCGGAAACGUGCUCAGACCGUGGGCUUCAGUCACUGCGCCGUCAUCAACCUGCGUGACGGCGCCCUCUGUCUUUCGUGGCGAGUCGGCGACUUCAGACGCCACCACCUGGUAGAAGGCACCGCCCGAGCCCAGCUGGUCCAUUCCACCGUCCACUCCACCGGCAAGGUGGAGGUCCGUUACACAGACCUGGUGCUACAGCAGUCAGAAUGA